AUGGGUUUCCUUUCUCUAGUUGAGGAUCGGCCAACGCCAUCAUGUGUCUACAAUUUCCGUGUCUAUUCGUGCGCAGCAGUAGCUGCUUUCUGCGCCGUCAUGAUCGGAUAUGACAGUGCCUUUAUCGGUGGAACUAUCGCCUUGGACUCCUUCAAAGAAGAGUUCAACUGGGCCCAGUACACCACGCACGAGGCGAAUCUCAUCUCCGAGAACAUCGUUUCGCUCUACCAGGCCGGUGCUUUCUUUGGAGCAUUCUUCGCCUAUGCUGCUGGCCACUACCUAGGACGCAGGAAGGGUCUCCAGAUCUUCGCUGGUGUCUUUGUCGUUGGAGCAGGUCUCAUGCUGGGCGCCAAUCGAAGUCGUGGACUGGGACUCAUCUAUGGUGGACGGGUGCUCGCUGGGAUCGGCGUCGGCGGUGCUUCUAACCUGACUCCCAUCUACAUCUCGGAGCUAUCGCCCCCUGCGAUCCGUGGGAGGUUGUACGGAGUUUCAGUCACUCUCCCCGCGAACCACAAGCAGUGGAUCAUUCCCUUUGCGAUUCAGCUUAUUCCAGCCGGCCUCAUGUUUAUCGGACUUUUCUUCAUCAAGGAGUCACCGAGAUGGCUCAUGACCCGCAACAAGCGUAGCCAAGGCCUCAAGAACCUGUGCUGGCUGCGAAAGCUUCCCGCAGACGACAUGUACAUGCUCGAGGAAGUAUCUGCUAUUGACGCCGCCAUCGAACAUCAACAAAGCACCGUCGGCCUCGGGUUCUGGCAGCCUUUCAAAACCCUCGGCAAGGACCGUAAAGUUGCGUACCGCUUCUUCCUAGGCUGCUCGCUGUUCUUCUGGCAAAACACUUCCGGGAUCAACGCCAUCAACUACUACUCGCCAACCGUCUUCAAGUCCAUCGGCGUCACCGGUACCAACACCUCGCUGCUGACCACCGGCGUCUUCGGUGUCGUGAAGGCGGUGGUGACAAUCGUCUGGCUGCUAUUCCUCAUCGACAACCUGGGCCGGCGAAAACUCCUCAUGGUUGGUGCUUUCGGCGGAGCCAUAUGUCUCUACUACGUAGGCGCAUACAUUAAGAUCGCCGACCCGGCCAACAACCCCACCGCGGACGGGAAGUUGUCCUCGGGCGGCAUCUCGGCCAUGGCCUUCUUCUACCUCUGGACCGUCUUCUACACGCCCUCCUGGAACGGCACGCCCUGGGUCUACAAUUCGGAGAUGUUCCCCCAGCACGUGCGCACCCUGGGCCAGGCCUUCGCCGCCGCCUCGAACUGGCUGUUCAACUUCCUCGUGGCGCGCUUCACCGCGCAGAUGUUCACUGCCAUGCGCUACGGGGUGUACUUCUUCUUCGCCAGCUUGAUGAUGUGCAGUAUCGUGUUUGUGUGGUUCCUGCUUCCCGAGACCAGGGGGGUCCCUCUGGAGUCGAUGGAUCGCUUGUUCUCGAAGGCGUUGACGCCGAGAAAGGCGCACGCGAUUGUCAUCAACGAGGUUAGGAACGACGAGGAGGUGUUCAGACACGAGGUUGAGAGGAGAGCUUUCAACGUCGAGAAGGAAGAGAUCAAGGAAAGUGUUGGGCAUGUUGAAGCAGCCUAG